AUGACCGCUAUAUCACCAGCAGGCCACCAUGUCAUUACCGGCUGGCUACCAGUAGGCGACUGGCAGCCGGUGCUGACUAUUUCUAUCAGUGCGCUCACAGACGAACUCUUAAAUGAUAUUUUAAAUGGCUCUGGGUUUGGCUCUGGGUCUGGCUCUGGUCUUGACACUGAGGGUUCUGGUUCUGGUGGCUCCGGGGGUUCUGGUGACUCUGAGCUUGGCUCCGGUCUUGACUUUGGAUCUGGCUCUGGCUGGGAGGAGGAAGGUGAUGGAGUCCUGCUAUAA